AGGAGGGGUUCCAAGUUCCAAUUUCCAACAAAGAUGUGUGAAUGCUAUGCGUUUUUGGAUGCUUUACCAACAAAUGCAAAGUAGUAACCAUGGCAGCACCAAUGACUUGUAACAAAAUUCACCCUUUAAGGGAGCGGCCUGAGGCGGUUGGUGGUGGCCGGUCCCUUGGACUGUCGUGCUUGAGCUGGCGGUUAGGGGUGGAGGCUCAUAACAUAAUUGGAUGGGGGACAGUUCCAUUGGGUUGUGAGAAAUAUGUUGGGAAUUAUAUGUUGGGACAACAAUAUAGGAAAGAUUCAAAGGCGGUUAUAUCUGAGGCUUUGGUAUAUGCAAAAAGCUUAAAGCUUGGUAGAGAUGGGAAAGAUGUUUGGGUAUUUGACAUUGAUGAGACUUCUUUAUCUAAUCUUCCUUAUUUUGCAAAGCAUGGAUUUGGGGCGGAACAAUAUAAUCCAAUUCUAUUCAACAAAUGGGUUGAAGAAGGGAAAGCUCCUGCCUUGCCGGAAACCCUUAAACUUUAUAAGAAGCUUUUGUCUUUGGGCAUCAAAGUGGUUUUUUUGACGGGGAGACCGGAAGAUCAACGAAACAUAACUGCAAUUAAUCUGAAAAAUGCGGGUUAUUCUCAUUGGACCAAGCUCAUAUUUAGGAAUGGGAAGAAUAAGGGUAUAAAUGCAAUUACAUACAAGUCAAGGAAAAGGGAAGAGAUGGAGAGAGAAGGAUACAGUGUGGUGGGGAACAUAGGAGAUCAGUGGAGUGAUAUCUUGGGGACCCACAUUGGUAACCGGACAUUCAAGUUGCCUGAUCCUAUGUAUUACAUUAGUUGAAUUUCAACUACUUUUAGUUAUUUUUAUAUUAUCUUCAUGCUUCAUCUAAUAAGUUGACAAUUUCAUCAUUUAUGAUUUUAUAUUAUUAUGAAGCUAGUGAUAGAAUCUAUAAGUUGUUGUGUUUAUGAGUUUAU